AUGACAUCGCCAGUCAAGUUUGAUAUUCCGGCGUCCGCUCGCUCCUUCACUUGCUUUUCGCGUUUGCCGCCCGAAAUCCGAGAGCAAAUCUGGGAGGAUGCCAUCUUCGAACCCGGCAUGCACUUCCUACGCCUCAAGACUGCAGCUCGCAUUACCCAUUACCCCUCUCCGAUGCCGCCAGGGUCACUCGGUGACCAAGAUACCAAAGACGAAGACGAUGUCCUUCUCGACUUUACUCGAGAGAGUGUACCUAAGAAAGUCUGGCCCGCCAUACUGGAGCCUCGAUACCCGACACCGCAAGCCAACAUUUCCAGCUACAUCUCUGUCAACCGCGUCCUCAACAAGCUCUCCGCUACUUGCUUCGAGUCAGCCAAAGUCGUUCGACGUCUGACCAACGCACGUGGUGGCUUGAAGCUAAAAGACGGCCGCGUCGUCUUGCUUGGCGGCUCUUCUGACGUCGUGUGCCUCGAGUACUUGUCCGCAGACGACUUUCGAAGCUGGUGUCGCAUGUCUCAAUCCAUCAGAUGCAAUGAACUUGCAAAUAUCCGCCACGUCGCCAUCCCCUACUGUCACGCCUGGGAAACCAGUGUUAGCGGUUUUCGCUGCGGCCACUGCGGCACCCGCUAUUCCGGCCUCGCGACCAAAGUCUACCCCGUCCACCUCUACGAGUUUCUUGCCCAGUAUCUGCCAAACCUAGAGACAUUCUACUUUAUUGACUACCUUAUCGUUGAGAAGAACUCGAGCCUUGGCUCGUCAGAUGUCAACCCGGACCAGACCACCACCCCAUCAUCAGAUACCAACCCCCAGGAGUCUAUCCUUGAACCGUCUAAGAAGCGUGAGACUGUUCCGUUGAUUUGA